AAGAGAGCCAUAGGUACCAUGAACCACGACCAUCUGAGCCGGAGUAGUGUUUACGAAGACCCAGCCACCCCCCAUUCAGGAGUCAAUCUGAAGCCGCAUCCAUGGACAGUUGCCAACUCUGAUGAAUCUCUGUGCAUGAGCGAGGAUCUGUUGCCUGGUGGUGAUCCUGCAGGAGUUCAGCACCAGCAACUGUGUGAGGAGGACGUGCCUCUGCUGUCACUCACACCGCCCGGGGUGACUCUGUCAUCAGGGUCACUACCUGUCCCACAGCUGAAAGGGUCACCACCUAUCCCACCUCAGAUAACAGGGUCAUCAUCUAGCCUGCCUCUGUUAACAGCGCUACUGCCUAAUCUACCUCUGCUGACAGGGUCAUCACCUAGCCCGCCUCUGCUGACAGGGUCAUCACCUAGCCCGCCUCUGCUGACAGGGUCAUCACCUAGCCCUCCUCUGCUGACAGGGUCAUCACCUAGCCCGCCUCUGCUGACAGGGUCAUCACCUAGUCCAAAUCUCCAAACAAGUUCACGAUCUAGCACGCCCCUACCGGCAGACUCAGCACCUAACACUCCUUUGCCAGCUUCACCGCCUCACUCACCCCUCCUGGUAGGGCUGCCACCCUGCCAAGCACAGUACUACAACCUCACACCCCAGGCGGACGAUGAGGUAGAGCUAACACCUCACCUGGAGCAGCAAGACACCAGUGACCCCGCCAACCAUCCACCCCUCCGUCAG